AGUGUUUGGAAGAUAGUUCACUCUAUUAACUUUCUGAGGUGACAAGCUCCCAGGAUUCUUGAAUGCUGCCAAACCAAACGAUGGGACUGCGAAAUGCAAACAUAUUGAUGCUCUCUCUUUGCCUGUGGUUAAUUCAAGGGUUUUCAGGGAAUCUAGCUGAAAGGAAGUAUAUUGAGGAAAAGGAGAAUGACAUCAUUCUACUGGGAAAUGGAGGGACCCUCACGGAUCCUGAUAUUGGCUGUGUUGAGGGAACUUUUUCCAGCCCACCUUCUGAUUCAGUCCACACUUUGAGACCGUCAGAGAUCAAGGUUGUUGCAAUGAUGGGGGAUUCACUCGUUGUUGGUUCACCACAGGACACUGAACAGUCGACAAGAGUUGAUGAGGAUCCAUCUCUCAGGAUGCAAAGCCCCUUUCCAGAUAUUUUGAAAUUAUUUAAUCCUGACCUCAUUGGAUACUCUCAAGACAACAGAAGCCAUGAGAACUCACUGGACCAAUCUACUCUGAAAGUGAAAGCUGAGGAAUUGCCAGGACAGGCUUUAAAACUGGUGAGCAGUUUAAAAAAUCAACCGCACAUCAACUUUCAGAGGGAUUGGAAGCUGAUUACAGUUUACAUCGGCCUUGCUGAUCUCUGUGCAUAUUGCACAAAUAAGGAAUAUUACUCACCAGAAAAUGUUGCAUUCAGACUUAAAGAGGCUCUGGAUAUUCUGUAUCAAGAGGUACCACGAGCCUUUGUGAAUGUUGUGGAGAUGCAGAGCAUCGACAGCCUCCUCCAGCACAGUGACCCAAAAUUCUCUGUACGUGAACCAAGGGGUUUUUGUGACUGCUUGGUUAAACUCCACAACUCAGGAAAGUUAUCAGCAUACAACGUUAGUAGGGACUUCAGGAAUGCCGUUCAGGAACUGGUGUACUCCGGGAUCUAUGACAAGCGCGGGGAUUACACGGUGGUUCUGCAACCCUUCAUUAGGAACUUGGAGCUUCCGCUCACUGCGAGUGGCAAAGCUGAUCCCAGUUACUUAUCGCAGGAUGGCCUCCAUUUCAGUUUCAAGAGCCGCACCCUUUUAGCCAGUGGACUUUGGAAUAAUAUGCUCGAACCCGCUGGGCAGAAAAACACAGUCCUUAAAUUAUCACCAGCAGCCCCUCGGUUGCUUUGCCCAACCAAGGAAAGGCCCUACCUCUUCACUUAUCAGAAUAGCAACUAUGGACUGAACCUGCAAGGAGAGGCCAGAAGCUCAGGCUGGAAGGAUCUUGGCAGUGAAGUGACUUGCACGGAAAGGGCACCGUCUAACACAGUUCCAGUCUCAGUCCACAAGCUCAGACCAGCAGAUAUAAAGGUGAUCGCUGCUCUCGGAGAUUCUAUCACAGCAGGUAAUGGGGCAGGAGCAAAGCCCAAUGACCUCCUUGGAGUUCUCACCCAGUUCCGAGGUCUCUCAUGGAGCAUCGGAGGAGACAAUAAUAUAACAACCAUCACCACUCUGACAAACAUUCUCCGAGAGUUUAACCCUUCUUUGGUUGGAUAUUCCACUGGUACUGGUCGUCAAGACACCCCACAAUCUUUCUUGAACCAGGCUGUUGCAGGAGCUGUUUCUGGGGAGUUGAUGGAACAGGUCAGGAAACUGUUGCAGCUGAUGAAAAAUAAUUCGAGAAUCAACUUUCAGGAAGAUUGGAAGAUGAUUACCCUGUUUAUUGGAGGGAAUGAUCUCUGUGACUAUUGCCUGGACACUACCAAAUUUUCUCCAGAUAACUUUGUCAAGAACAUACGGGAAGUACUGGAUACACUUCACAGGGAGGUCCCAAGGGCCCUUGUGAACUUGGUGACAAUUCUCAACAUUGUUCCAUUACGGGAGCUUGUCACUGACACACGAAUGAAAUGUCCACUGUUCCUCUUAAAGUCACUUUGCAGGUGUGUCAUUAACCCUCUGGACAACUCGACAGAGUUGAACGAACUGAAAACCCUAAAUCAGGAAUAUCAGAGGCGAACGCACUUAUUGAUUGAGUCUGGAAGGUACGACAGCAAGGAGGACUUUACCGUGGUCAUCCAGCCAUUUCUCGAGGACAUCCGAAUGCCAAGGGACAAGAACGGCAUGCCUGAUAAGUCCUACUUUGCACCAGACUGCUUUCAUUUCGAUGUGAAGGCCCACUCACAGGCAGCGCGGGCUCUGUGGAAGAACCUGCUGGAGCCAGUGGGCCAAAAGACUAUGAAUCAAUCACUUGAUGAGCCCAUUUACCUCAACUGUCCUUCAAAGGAUGAGCCGUACUUGAGAACAUACAAAAACAGUAAUUAUACUUAUCCAAAUAACUCUGGGCCAACAACCUCAGUGGCCCCCAGCAGCAUUCAAACUACAGUCAUAACAACGCAGAAGUCAUUUACAUCACAAGUGUCCUUACAAACUACACCAUCCAUCCCUGGAACCACAGGAGAGCCCAAUCAGGUUUAUGGCAGUAAACUGCUUUGCAAAGACAAACAUCCAUCAGAUGUCAUUCCAAACUCAGUUCAUUCUUUGCGACCAGCAGAUGUGAAAGUUGUCGGUGCUGUGGGAGACUCUCUGACGGCAGGCAACGGGAUAGGCUCAAAAUCCAAUGACAUUCUGGAUGUGUUAACGCAGUAUAGGGGGCUGUCCUUCAGUAUUGGAGGGGAUGGAUCAUUGCGAACUACUACAACUCUACCAAAUAUCCUCCGUGAAUUUAACCCUUCUUUGACUGGAUUUUCUACUGGAAAAGGGAACCUUGAGAAGCCAAACGUGUUCCUGAAUCAGGCUUUCCCUGGAGCUUUGGCCGGAGAUCUUCCAGGUCAAGUGAGAAAAUUAGUAGACAUCAUGAAAAAUAAUUCGAAAAUUGACUUUCAGAACGACUGGAAGAUCAUCAACCUCUUUAUCGGGGGCAACGACUUGUGCAAUUACUGCACAGAUUCGGCAUAUUUUUCCGCUAUAAACUUUGCUAAACGGAUUGAGGAAGCACUGGAUAUCCUCCACAAUGAGGUUCCCAGAGCAUUCGUCAACUUGAUCGAGACUUUGGAACUCAUUCCGUUACGACGUCUUUAUCAGGAUAAGGAAGUGAGCUGCCCCAGAACACUUAUGAGGAUGUUGUGUUUCUGUGUUAUGAAACCCAGUGAAAACUCUCCAGAGCUGGAGAUGAUGUCUGAAGCAAACAAGGCCUAUCAGCAUACCACUCGAAUGCUUGUUGAAUCAGGCCGAUAUGACACACGAGAAAAUUUCACAGUCGUCUUGCAGCCUUUUUUCCACCAUGUGCGGAUCCCAGUUUUAGAAAAUGGGCAUCCAGACACCUCGUUCUUUGCCCCAGACUGUUUCCAUUUAAGUAGGAAGUUCCACACACAGGUGGCAAGAGCUCUCUGGAACAACAUGUUACAACCUGUGGGUGAAAAGUCCGAUUUCCAAGAUGUUACGGCGAACAUCUCCCUGAGCUGCCCAUCACAGGAUCAACCUUUUCUUCGAACAUUCAAGAACAGCAACUACACAUACCAAGGUGCAGAUCCAACGGCUGCACCCCCUCAGAAUUGGGGGAGUGACCUCUCCUGUGUGGAAAACCAGCCGUCAGAAGCUGUGCCAACAUCAGUUCACAAGAUUCGGCCUGCUGAUAUUAAAGUCACAGCAGCGCUGGGAGAUUCUAUAACCGCUGGAUUCGGAGCACGGGCAAAGAACCUGUUUGAACUGCGAACUGAAUAUCGAGGCAUUUCAUGGAGCAUUGGUGGAGACAAAACGCUUGAGGUUGUGACUACUCUGCCCAACAUAUUGAAGAAGUUUAAUCCAAAAGUCCACGGCUUUGCCUCAGGAAUUGGAAAUCUGAAAAGCAAAUUCAACGUGGCAGUCUCGGGCUCAAAGGCCAACGAUAUGGCAAAUCAGACCCACAGACUGAUUCAGCUGAUGAAGGACAGUCCGGAAAUUGAUUUUGAAAAGGACUGGAAAGUCAUCACUCUUUUCAUUGGAGCCAAUGACCUCUGUGAAUACUGCAUGAAUAAGGAGAUGUAUUCUGCGGAUAAUUACGUGAAACAUAUUCAGGAGGCACUGGAUACACUGCAGAAAAAGGUGCCAAGAGCUUUUGUAAAUGUUAUGCAAUUACUCGAAAUGAAGGGGAUUCGAAGGAUUAAGAAGAACACAAUCGGCUGUGCAUUACUUCAGAAGAACAUCUGUCCCUGCUUUCUGAAGCUGAGAGACAAUUCUCCUGAACUGAGUGAAAUGUUGAUAGUUAACAGGGAGUAUCAGACCAAACUGACUGCAUUGAUUGACAGUGGAAAAUACGACACAACUGAAGACUUCACGGUUGUGUUGCAACCUUAUUUCACAAAUACUAUCGUUCCAUUGAACAUCAUGGGCCUGCCGGACCUGAGCUUCUUUUCAGUAGAUUGCUUCCAUUUAAGUGAACGAGGACAAGCCGAGAUGGCCAUUGGUUUAUGGAACAACAUGCUGGAACCAGUUGGACACAAGCAAAAUUACAACAAUUUCACCUAUGACAGAAGCAAGCUGAAGUGUCCAAGCUCUGGCUCACCUUACUUGUUCACACGAAGAAACAGUGCUGUGGAACCAGAGGUCACACCUGGAAGUGGGGCGGAGCAGAAAAUUUGGGUGCCUAUACUCAUAGCCUUGGCAGGAGUGAUCAUAGGGGCAGCAGUUGUCCUGAUCAUGGCAAAGCUGAGAUCCUUGAAAAGCAAAAGGCACAAUGAGAAACCGAUGGAGCUGUAUGGAAUUAAACUAUAAGACAUGGAUUAUUGAGAGUUGCUGUGAUUCUAUUUCAUUGGCUCUUUUCAGGUUCAAAUUUUCAUUUAUUAUCAAAGUAUACAACUCUGAACUUCUUCUUCUCCAGAUAGCCACAGAAUCAAGAAAGAAAAGAACAGCAGCACAGUCAUCCCCCAAAAUCCCUCCUUCCCACACAAAAAAAUGAACAAAAAUGGAACAGGCACAUUGAUCCCCAAAUCCCUCUCCACGCACAUGAGAAAAUUGAGAGAGAUUGGGUGAGAAACACAGAAUAUUAAAAAACUGAAAAAAGAAGUCUACAGUCCAAGUCCAUAUCCAAAACACAGAAAACCUGGGUAAUAUUCUUUGGGCACAGCGGCAGGCCUUUCCCUCUCCAGCAGCAGAGCAAUCCCAACUGCGAUCAAAAGGCAGUCUCCCCUCUCUGUAGCAGAGUGAUCCCAACAACGAUCAAAAGGCAGUCACCACUCUCCUGCAGCAGAGCGAUCCCUCCAGUGACCAAAAAGCAGGCAGCCAACGCUCAACUUCCACAUUUCUCUCAAUGUUUUAAUCUCUCUUGUCACUCUAAUCAGCAAACAACGGAAGCUUUAAUUGGCAAAAUGGAGUCGUAUAGCUGCUCCUGCUCCAUCCCACAGACUUCCCGCCAUGAGUUUCGCGCACAUUGGCUCUGCCUCCCAGAAUCCUCUUGGAGAUUGCAGAAUGCGGGAACACUUAGACAAACUCCAAACUCCCAAUCAGGGGCUCCAACAGUUUCAGAAUCAUAUUCAGGACGAAAAACAAAUGUAAGAGACAUAAAAGAAGUGAAAUAUAUGGUUUUGUGAUCUAUCCAGAAGAUGCUGACUGAAGGAGCGUUGUACGCAGGCGCCAUCUUGAAAAGAAGUGCACAUUAGUACAACAAAAACUUGAGGUCUCCAAUUUCUCUCUGUUGCAGUGUACUCCAGGAAUCCGUUUUUGUUUACUGUCACUAUUAAAACCCUUGUGUGCAUACUCAUAGCAAAGCCAAUAUCAGCACAUUAGACCACCUGAGCAAUUGUUUUUUCUAUCUCAAUUGGCCAUGUUGGGAAAAUGGCCUGGGCACUUCCUUAGCAGGCCAGGCAAUAUUUCGGGCCAAGACCCUUCAUCAGCACUGGGGAAAUAAAGAUGAGGUUAGAGUGACUUUCUUCAUAACUUCCACCAUCUCCUCAACUGCCACAAUGAGGCCACACUCAGGUAGGAGGAGCAACACCUUAUCUUUUGUGUGGGUAGACUCCAACCUGACGGCAUGAACAUCAAUUUCUCAAACUUCCAGUAACUGCCCACCCCCUCCC